UCACUAUAUGCUUUAAAUCAAAAUAAAGAAACUAAUUAAUAAAAGCAAUAAAAAAACGUGUGUUUUGAAUGUGAUUCAAUAGAGGUUUCUGUUUUAUGAGCCAUUGAGCGCCCCCUGGUGGAAAGAUGGUAAACGUCCUCUAAGAAACGGUGAUCAUCAGCGAGCAUUAGCCACUCAAACACACCCACAAAAGUGAGUGUUGUCAACAAACGAAGAGGACUGUUAAACACGGGAAAAGAAAGCCGAUUGGAGCUGAAGUCUGUGCAUCUCUUGAACUCUUCUGUCCCAUCAUGUCUCUGUCAGGAUCUCAAACACCGGACGAUGCUCUGCACGGUUCUUGGGUGGAGCUGGGGGGUCUGGUGGGAUCUGCAGGUCACACAGAAGGACAGGACACCACAGCCUCCUUCCUGCAGGGGGAGCUGGAGAGGAUUCUGCUGGAGGCUCAGCUGGAGUGUGAGAGGAGCAGUCAAACAGAGAGUCCUCCACAGGUCGUGACCCCGAGAACAUCUGGAUCUCCUAAACCAGCCAGUGAGGGCAGCAGCAGCAGCACAGACUGUGUUACUAUACAGUCGGAUGAGAAUGACAGGCAAGCGAGUGCCGAAUGGGUCUGGGAUUGGUCCAGUCGGCCAGAAAACCUCCCGCCCAAGGAGUUUGUGUUUCAUCACCCAAAGCAGUCAGGCUCUCUGAGCGUGAGGAAGACUGAGGUGAUGAAGAGGGGUUUGUUUUCCUCAGACGUGCUCCUCAUCCUCCUGCCCUCUCUGCUCGCCUCACAUGCUCUGACGCUGGGUCUGGGAAUAUACAUAGGGAAACGGCUGGCAUCCUCCUCCACCAGCACGCUGUGACAUGUGACAUGUGGCAGCUCACCGAUUGGCUUAGACCGCUGCCGCUAGCACCGCAGCCCAAUCACGCCUCUCUUCUCCUCUUGUGAUGGGCAACUGCCUCUUCUGUCUCUGUCUGUCCCACCACAAAACCAGUCUGUCCGUCUCCAAUUGGGUCAUAGGGCGAGGAAUCCAUUUUCAGAUAAAAGAGCCUGAUGUCUUGUGACCAUAUACUCCUUCAGAAUAUGAAAAGCAUUUAUUAAAACAAAGCUACAAAAAUAACUUGUUCUGUACUACUCGCUAAUAAAGACAUUUAGAUAACAAACUAUUAAACUGCAAUUCAAACGUUAUCACAUGACUGGCCACAUUUAGAUAUACAUUUUUCGUUUGCUAAGAACAGGUUGCACAUUUUCAGGCAAAGAACUUGAAUCCAAUAAAGUUUAGCAAUAUAUAUGUGGAUUUGUGGAAAAAAUCCACAAAUGUGGAAGUGUGUAUAUGUGGAAAAUGAUAUAUGAUUUGACUCCUUGUGCAUCUUUUUAGGACUAAACUGUCCCUCUAAAUCUUUUUGUAGUUGUUUCUCUUUUAUUGUUCAUGUGUGUGUGUCAGUAAUACAGACAUUUAGCUGAAACAGUGUAAAUGAAGAGAAAACCAACAGUUAUUUUACAUCUAAUUCCAGAUCAAAUGCAAAACAUGCAUUCAGCUUGACAGGGGGUUUGUUCAGUGUGUAUUUAUGGAGCAAAUAAUAUAAUGAAUCUUGUGUUGCACUAUUGUGUUUGCGAUAUAUAGACCCGUUUCGAGUUGAAAUGUGAAGGCAACUGGAGAAUAAUCUCGUUUGUAACGACUCGACCUCAAUAAACACUCUUACCACCUUCUGCUUGG